ACUGUAGUGUUUGGUGGCAUCACGUGCUAUGGCACGGCAAAACCAGUGUAUACAAAACUUGGAAAUUCAAUGCUAUGUCGUUAGAAACGAGAAGUUCUAUGCCAUGUGAUGGCAUACUGACCGAUGGCAGCUAGCUUACUCGAGUCUCCCUCGAUAACUACACAGAGGCAGUGCAUCGCCAGAUAGGUUCCCGCCAUUACUCCUGUGCCGCUGCGUUACAUGAUAAAAAAUGAAUCAAACGAUUCUGCUACCGGUUGAAACAAAGUUAUAACAUCUCGAUUCUUGUAUUGUAAUUACACGCAAGAAACGCAGAAAAUACGCAAACAUCCGACACUAAAUGUCGCCAUAAGUCUUGACACGCUGAGUGACCGAAUCUCAGCAGCAGCCAUAACGUUAGCUACGUAACGUUAGAGGCAUAAAGCCACGUCUAGUGAAAUGCUUUCUUCAUAAGCAUGCACAUUUACUCUAAACAUGAUUCCAUAAAAAUGAACGUUAAAUGUACAUAUGAUGGGCAUCGUAUGUACUGAACACUAGAAAAGCGUUACACGUUCAACAUGUUUACAAGCUCGCAUACUGUGUCAGGAAUCGCCAUGUUGUCAUUCUGCCGUCUUUGAUGCUGUGGGGAAAGGAACUCUCUCCAUCUUUGUCUUACUAAUUUCCGUUCUUAAUGUUCCCUCAAAAAUACGUUGGCAGUUUAUGCAAAUAUUGUAUUUUCCCGUUGCUCGUCGUAUAAGCGUUCCGUUUGCAAAUGAGAACGUGAAUAAAUAGGAUCAAAAAUACGUCUUAACCAUAUUUUCGUGGUCCUUCUCGUUGCUCUUGGGUUGAUUUCUAAUGGCGGCUGCCUGAUCCUCGUUGGUGCUCUUCUGCGCGACAGCUCUUGAAAGGGCAAUGGCUAGCUUACAGAGGCUAACAGAAUCGUUGCAUUUGUCAAUUGUACGAGAGCUUGUUCUCGACAAUUGUAGAUCCAAUGAGGGAAAAAUUGAAGGCCUCACAGCAGAAUUUGUCAAUCUUGAAUUUCUCAGUUUGAUAAAUGUGGGAUUAAUCUCUGUCUCCAACCUCCCAAAACUUGGAAAACUCAAAAAGUUGGAGCUAAGUGACAACAGAAUUUCAGGUGGCCUUGAUGUUUUAGCAGAGAAACUCCCAAAUCUUACACACCUAAACUUAAGUGGGAACAAACUGAAAGACAUCAGCACAUUGGAGCCUUUGAAAAAGCUUGACCACCUGAAAAGUCUCGACCUCUUCAACUGUGAAGUCACAAACCUCAAUGACUACCGGGAGAGUGUAUUCAAACUCUUACCCCAGCUCACCUAUCUGGACGGCUAUGACAUGGAAGAUCGGGAGGCCUCAGAUUCUGAUGGAGAAGUUGAUGGAGUUGAUGAUGACGAUGAUGAGGAGGGAGAGGAGGAAGAGGAUGAGGAUGGAGAGGAGGAAGACUUUGACGAGGAGGAGGACGAUGAUGAUGAGGUGGAAGGAGAGGAAGAUGAUGAUGAUGUCAGUGGAGAAGAUGAGGAAGAAGGCGUUGUACGGGUUGGACGGGUUGGAGGGGUAGGAGGGGUAGAUGAUGAUGACGAUGAUGAUGACGACGACGAUGAUGACGAUGACGACGACGAAGAUGAGGAUGAGGUUGGCAAAGGCGAGAAGAGAAAGCGAGAGGCAGAUGACGAAGAUGAUGAUGACGACGACGAUGAGGAUGAUGAUUAAGAGCCAAGGAGCCGAUCAGUUACCAACCCUUCCCUCCCCUCCCUAAUUUGCCACCACUGGGCCACCCCCACACGCUCUUCUGUCACAUGUCCCACAGCGCUGAGCUCCCCAAGGGGCAAGACUGUAUCGAAUGGGUGGGGUGUGUGGAGAUGCACCCAUGGAGCCGUGAGCUGAAUGAGGCCUCUCUUGAGUGGCGGCUCACUCGGCAUUCCACAGUUUCACUGUCAACUCCCUUCUUGUGUUUCACCAAACCCGUGUGAGGACUUUGGGGACUGGUAUCUAGUUUUGGGUCUGUGCUUUUAAUAUUGUUGGAGAAUUAUAAUUUUUUUUUUUUUGUUGUUGUUGUUGGGUUUAUUUUUUAUUUUUGUCUUUUUUCUUCCUUUUCCUAAUUUCCCAAUAAGAUUAUUGCUAUAGCAACCGUGUCGAGGAAGCCAUCAUUUUAGUGUGGCAGCCAGUGGCACAAAUCAAUGUUGUAGCUACAUUUUUACUUUCUGUAUGACAAAAAGACAAACAAAAAAAACAACUUUGUAAAUAAAAUGUUAACAUUUUGCGCUGUGCUUUCCCUGCCAUGCCUCUAUCGCUUUCUCACCCCAACCCCCGCCCCCCAUGAUGUCCAAAGCUAGACUGGAGGUUGUAAUUGAAGUACUUGUCCAAAGCUAGACUGAAGGUGUAACUGAAGUACUUGUGAAGUGGCAGUCGUGCACCUUAUCUAGAGCAGCUACGCAGAAAAAUGACUCGGAGGAAAGCACUCAGCAUUUAAAAAACUACCUCAGAUUUGGUGUGGAUUACUGAGUAAUUACUCUUUAGACCUGGGACAGAGAGAAGUUGGAUAUGUUGAAUUCCCCUGACCGAUAUCUGCCUAUUUGAAACCACAGCCACAUUCAUGAAUUUGAUAUUGAUGUUUUUUCUGAUUAGUUCUUGUCAUUCAUGUAUGUGUGAAAGAGUGUGGUGCAGGCUGACAUAAGGGGGAUUCAGCAGCAAGGAUGUGGACUGCUGGUCCAAGCAGGGGAAAGUGUCUUCAGGCUGUACUGUGAACUGAGACAAGGUAUUAGAUGGAAUCAUGAGUCGUAUGGUAUGUUUCAUAUGCUGAAUUCUGCCCCAGUGACAGAUUUACAUUGCAACCCACGAAUAUUGCUGGAGGACUACCCUUUUUUUUUUAAACCAAGAUGAACAAACCCCUGUCAAGCUACAAUGCUAAUUUUUUAUAUAAAACUUUAUUUGAUAUUGUGCUCAUGGCUGUUGUGUCUUUACAUUUCUUAACAUUGCUGUGUUCAUACUACAGCUGGUCUUCAGGGUAGGGCAUGGGAAUCUGCAGAAACGUACAUAAGAAGCAUGAUUAGGGAUAGACGGAGCACCUUGUUAUGAUUAACUAGAGGAUUUUUUUUCUGGACGUAUAUACCUUUAUUCCUCCAGCCUUGCUGAAUUGUCUGUGUGCGUACUGGUGUAUCAGGCAUUGCCCCAAGUAGCUGUGCUAUGCUUGUAUGAUGGGUUUCAGUUUUACUCAGAAGCUGGUGCUCUAACCAUUUGGUCCAUGUAACCAUGUGGGCAAUUAACUUCCUCAUUUUCAACCUAGUUGCAUUUUGGACAGGAAAAACAUAUUACACUGAUUUUGGGGUACUUGGGUAUCAUUUGAAAAUAAAGUGUAUUAAACAUGA